CUCUCUUCACUUCUUACCACUCAAUCGAAGAGGGAGUUAAAGAGUAUUCCUACUACAAUGGCCGAUCAAGAGAACUGUGUGAGGCUCACCCGGGCUGCUAGGAAAAGAGCGGCAUUAGGUAAUGCUGAAGAGCAGCCCCCCAGCAAGAAGCGAGUAGUGUUGGGAGAGCUACCCAACUUGUCAAACGUCGUCGUUUCAAAGAAUCCAAGUUUGAAGAGCGAGCCGCAGAAGCCUAAAGGUAAAGCUAAGAAGAAAGUUAAGAAGGCUCUUUUGCCGACAACCACCAAGAACGACGAUGUCGAAGGAAAGGUUGAUAUUGAUGCCAAGUCGGACGAUCCACAGAUGUGUGGGCCAUAUGUUUCAGACAUUUACGAGUAUCUUCAUACCAUGGAGGUGGAUCCAAAGAGAAUACCUUUACCUGAUUACAUUGAGAAGGUUCAGAAGGAUGUUAGUGCAAAUAUGCGAGGAAUUUUGGUGGAUUGGUUGGUAGAAGUUGCUGAGGAAUACAAGCUUGUAUCAGAUACCCUGUAUCUCACAAUUUCCUAUAUUGAUAGAUUUCUUUCAUCGAAUGUUCUUAAUAGGCAAAAACUUCAACUACUUGGCGUACGAUGGCUAGCGAACGGGGGGGGUCUUGACUACCCUCCUGCCCUUACCUAUAAUGAAUUUUUGACCUGUCUCCCUUCUCAAAAAAUUUACUAA